UUCCGUCGCAUGUUUUCCGAUAAUGAAUUUGGACACAAAUGCGAUGUUUGCGAUCGCAUCUGGUUUGUACGGGAUUUGAAGCCGAUCACCUCUCAGAUGGCAGAUUAUUUGGCACCAUAUUUCCCGGACGAAGAUGCCGUCAGUUUCAGACUCUGCCACAAUUGCUACAAGAUUUGUAGGAAUAAGAAAAUACCCAGUCUCAGUAGAAUCAAUGGAUAUACAUACCCACAGAAGCCCACAGACUUGCCCAAAUUACAUCCUGUGUGCGAGAGAAUAAUUUCACCGCGACUUCCAUAUAUGCGAGUCCGUAGACUACGACACGAGGGGUCUUAUGGCAUAAUUGGACAGGUGAUCAAUGUUCCGGAUGUGGACACUAUGGUUCAAUGCUUACCAAGAUCUCUCGAUGACGACUAUGCGUUCAAUGUCAAUUUAAGGAAAAACAUUGUCCACAAGUCAUCCUACAUCUGCGGUUCCAUUAAAAAGUCCACAAUUCACGCAUGGCUACGGUACUUAGUCGAACAACCACUCUACAGAUAUUACAACAUAAAGAUUGAUUGGUCGGUCUUCAAAAAACUCAGAGUCGAUAGGCGAACCUCUAGAUCCAUUCGAGGAUGUCAUUGA